AUGUUCAAGCAAGACAAAAAUGAACGACAUUUGACUCAGCAAAAUGCUAAAAUGUAUAGUGAGUUACAAUUGUGUCAAGCCUUUUCACAAUAUCCCCGAACUUUUGAUCUACUCCAUGCUUGGACCGUCUUUUCUGACAUUGAGAAGAAAGAUUGCAGUCCUGAAGACUUGCUGAUUGAGAUGGAUCGCAUACUUAGACCUACCGGUUUCAUAAUUAUCCGUGACAAACAACCAGUGAUAGAUUUCAUAAAGAAGUAUUUAGCCGCAUUGCACUGGGAAGCAGUGGCAACAGCUGAUUCCAGUUCAGAUUCAGACCAGGAUGGAGAUGACAUUGUGCUUAUCAUUCAGAAGAAAUUGUGGAUCACAAGUGGAAGCCUCAGGGAUUCAGAAUAG